AUGGUGUGUUUUAAAUGCAAGAAUGUGGGGCAUCGAAUUAUUGAGUGCCCUUUGUGGAAAGAAUCAGGAAGGUUAGGAGGAAAUAAUGAACCAGGGAAUAUGUGGAUGCUGACAGCUGGAGAAGGAAGCUCAAGUCAAGGUAGGGCCAGAAAAGGGAUUCAACAUGGCAAUCAAGGGAAAGCACCAGGAAAGUUAUUUGCUGUUAAGAGGGAAGCAAAGGAGAUUCUGGAGCUGCAGGAGUUGCCAGGUAAUGUAAUUUCAGGGAGGUUUCUCGUAUGUAACUCGAUGGCCAAGGUGUUAUUUGAUUCUGGAGCUUCACAUUCAUUUAUUUCGAAUAUGUUUGUUGGCAACCUGCCAUAUAAACCCUGUGUUCACCCCUUAAAUAUGAAUAUUUGGAUUCCUAAUGGGGAGUCAAUAUGUUGUAAAUGGAUAUUUAGAAAUUGUGAAAUUAGGAUAGUAGGGUCAGAAUUGCGGGUAGAUCUAAUACCCUUUAAUUUGGAGUAUUAUGAUGUGAUUUUAGGGAUGAAGUGGUUGAGUAAAAACAGGGCGGUGAUAAACUGUUACGCUGGUGCCGUUAGAUUGAGGUCUCCAUGCGGAGAUAACAUUGUGUAUAAAGAAGAAAUAGUGAGAUCGACAGAAAAAGGUGAGGUAAUAAUUGAGAAUGAUACAGAGAUAAUACCUGAGGGUAUUGGUUAUGUGAAUCAAAUAGAAGGAGGUAAAAAGGAAGAAAGAAAAAUUGAAGAAAUUCCGGUGGUAAGAGAAUUCCAGGAUGCAUUUCCAAGAGAUUUACCGGGACUGCCACCACAUCGGAUGGUUGAUUUUCAUAUUGAUCUGGUGCCGGGGGCAACACCGAUAUCUAGAGCUCCUUAUAGGAUGGCUCCUGCAGAAAUGGUUGAAUUAAAGAAGCAAUUAGAAGAAUUGUUGCAGAAAGGUUAUAUCCGACCUAGUGUGUCUCCAUGGGGCGCACCAGUGUUAUUUGUGAAGAAAAAGGAUGGUACGAUGAGAUUGUGUAUAGAUUAUCGAGAAAUUAAUAAUAUCACAAUCCGGAAUAGAUAUCCAUUACCCCGAAUUGAUGAUCUGUUCGAUCAGUUGAAGGGGGCAGGAAUAUUCUCAAAAAUAGAUUUAAGGUCGGGGUAUCAUCAAAUGCGCAUAGUGGAGGAAGAUAUACUGAAAACAGCAUUCAGAACUAGAUAUGGGCAUUAUGAGUUCGUGGUGAUGCCGUUUGGACUCACUAAUGCACUAGCAGCUUUUAUGGAUUUAAUGAAGAGGUACUUUAAUCCUUUGCUCGAUCGGUUUGUGGUAAUUUUUAUUGAUGAUAUAUUGGUGUACUCUAAAGAUCGCAAAGAGCAUGAAGAACAUUUGAGAGAGGUGUUAGAAAUAUUGUGAAGAGAGAAACUCUAUGCAAA